AGUGCAGGAGCGCAGCGGCCUCUGGUGGCAGCAGAGCGCGUUACACCCUUAACUCUUUCCUCUACAGCACAGUACCCAGCUCAGUGUAGUGGAAGAUGGCGACCAGGGUCCUUCACCGCUCUUUCUGCGGCCUCAGUGAGGCUAAAAACAUGUCCGGGAUGAAGGGACAGGUCGCCAGAUUCAGCAGGGGAGUUCCAGCAUGUAACAGGGACCGAGAGGAGAGCUGGUUCAAGUCUCUGUUUGUGAGGAAAGUGGACCCGAGAAAGGACGCCCAUUCUCACCUACUUGCAAAGAAAGAGGAAAGUAACCUUUAUAAAAUUCAGUUUCAUAAUGUGAAACCAGAGUGUCUGGAUUCCUACAACAAACUCUGUGAGGGUGUGCUGCCUUCUAUCCAUGCUGAUACAUAUUACCCCUGUGAACUGGUGGGCACAUGGAACACUUGGUAUGGAGAACAGGACCAGGCUGUGCAUCUCUGGCGGUACAGGGGAGGGUACCCUGCCCUGACUGAAGUCAUGAAUAAGCUGAGAAAUAAUAAGGAAUUUAUGGAGUACAGGAAGGAGCGGGGGAAGAUGCUGCUCUCUCGCCGUAAUCAGCUGCUACUGGAGUUUAGCUUCUGGAACGAGCCAGUUCCACGACCGGGACCAAACAUCUAUGAACUCAGAUCUUACCAGUUAAGACCAGGAACAAUGAUUGAGUGGGGUAAUUACUGGGCUCGAGCUAUUCGCUAUCGUCAGCACAAUCGCGAGGCAGUUGGAGGAUUCUUCUCUCAGAUUGGAAGUCUAUAUAUGGUGCAUCACCUUUGGGCAUAUAAAGAUCUACAGUCACGAGAGGCCACUAGGAAUGCAGCCUGGCAUCAUGAGGGGUGGAAUGAAGCUGUCUACUACACAGUGCCCCUCAUUCAGCACAUGGAAUCCAGGAUAAUGAUUCCAAUGAAAUCCUCACCCUUGCUGUAAACAACGAGCUGGAAACAGGAACAGUUUGACGGCGGUACAGCGUCGGAUAACUCUCACUGCCAUGUUUUAAUCUGUUACCAUGAUGGAAACCCAUUCCAUUAAACCUGGUUGUUUUAAUCCAAAAAGAAAAAAUACAAAAACACAUUGAAACAUUGCACAACUACAUGCACUGAAUGAAACUGUGUCCUAACAAGAACUUUACGAGGAAGGUCUGACUCUCAGCUCUUUAUGUUACGUCAGAUUGCAAGCUUCAUUGACCACUUAAACCUCGCAAGAAAGCAAACAGUCUUCACAUGAUCUGAGGCACACGUGCAUUAGAUUCAGUUAGUCAGAACCUCUACUGUAAAACAUCAGUCAAACUAACCAAGAUAGGAAAACUACAUUUUGAAUUAAAUUUAGCUCAAUUAAGGACACACUGGUGCUUGAUCAUGAGUACUGUCAUGUGUAAUGUGGAUCAGAGAGUAAAGUGUUACAUAUUACUGCUGGAUGGAAGCAGUUAAAAGUGGUAUUUUUAGUGUGAGGGAACAUUUCUACACAGUCAUAUCAGAAUAUUAGUUGUUCUAUAAGAACAGACUGUAAUCCUGUAUCUGUUUCUCUGCAUACAGUGUUAUCCACCUUUUAAUCUGUUCUUCAAUAGUCAACACCACUGCAGUGACACCUGACAUGGUGGUAGUGUGUAUACUUAGGCCAAAUCCCAGUUCACCACUUUACCCUACAACUUAGCACUACCCCUUUUUUUGCGAGUGCACAUCUAGGAGUAGGGUGUACUGAUUCCUUUUAGGCUUAAGUAGGGGGAUGUGUGGGGGUAGGAUGGCCCUUCUAACUGAGGUUUUUAGAGGCACACUCCAAACAGAGUGUUAUGAGAAUCACUGAAAGGAGGCUCAGUUUUGAGUGCAAAGUGUAGUUUCAAUGUUUUACAGCCCUUUUCUUUAUAACAAGCAUAAAAAAAAUCGCUGCUAGUUCAUGUCAGCAGCUAGCUAACUUUCUCAUUCCACAUUAAAUGGAGCAACAGAUAGCAGAUGCUGCAGGUUUUAAGGUGGAACAGAAAAAUAAAAGUAAAUAAAAGCUAAUAAACAGAAGAAUUGAGAAAUGAACAAUAAUAAUAAAUUGCUGCACCAUCUGCCCCCUCUCUGAUGAAAUACAGUGCCCUACAAUUAACUAGUUAAAGGCGUCAUUGCAUCGUUUUUUUUUUUUUUCAUUCAUUUUAAAAUGUCUUUGAAAAAAAAGAGCUCCGGUGACCCAGAAUAACACUGCUUUAGUCUGGUGGAGGAGGGCAUAUUUUAACUUUUAACUAGUGUAAACUUUUCUGGUAGUGUUCCAGAAAAUAAUGAAUUACUGGGCAAAGUAUAGAGAGAGACCUACUCAGAGCGACCUAUUGUAUUUCACAAAGAACAAGAAAAAGUGCAUUUUAGCAAAAGGACACCUUUAAUCAACAUUUAGGUUGCUGAACUUUGUCUCUCCACCGCUAUAUAUCUGUAUUGGGUGCUUGAAGAGUUUGACCCAACUCUGUUCUAAGGGGAGAGGUACAGCAGAGAAAUGGCAUUGGGUCGUAAGAGUGUGUUGGGCUGGUAUGAGUGGAUCAGAUGCAGCAGUGCUGCUGGAGUUUUUUAACACCGCAAUAUCACUGCUGGAUUGAAAAUAUCAAGCCAGCAGCUAAUAUCCAGUUGGCAGUGCCCUGUAACCACUUAUAAAGGACUAGAAGAUGACCCACUCAAACAGACUCUGAGUCUCUGUCUCUGACUUUACAUCUACAAGGUGGAAAACGUUGGUAGGAGAGUCUUAAUAGAGGGAAGGACAGUGAGUGAACAGUGUUUAAAAACUCCAGCAGCACUGCUGUUUCUGAUCCACUCAUACCAGCACAACACACACUAACUUACAACCCACCAGGCAAAUAAUACCUUCUUGGUGGUCCUGUGUAGUAAAGUAUUGUAUGGUCAGUGGGACAGUAAAAAUGGAAAGUAAGUAUAGACGCAAGAAGGUGGUAAUAAUAUUUUGAUGUGACUGUGUUUUAUUAUUAAUCAAACAUACACAUACACGCUUGGAAUGUGCUUGGUGUGAACAUUGGAUUCUUUAUUUAUCUGUGGACUUGUUUCAUAUUUAUUUGCUGUAAAUACAAAAUUUAUUUCUAAAUUAAAAUCAUUGAGUUUUACAAGAACAUCUGCAGACGUUCAGCACAAUGAGAAAGACCCGUUUGUGUAUCUUGUGUGUUUCAACUACAUCCAGUUACUUUUCCUGAGUUCUAAGCGCACAAAUAUGAAGAAAAAAAAUAAUAACAAAACAUACUGUACGUAAGACAACUGUAGGUCUAUGCAUAUGUGUGGGGAAAAAACCCUGGAUCAAUCCUGCAAGGUUUCUUAAUGGCCAUUUCUUAAGGACCGCUUGAGUUAUUUUCCAUGUUUGAUAUCGUCUCCAAAUGAAUUAUAUUUAGAAAAGAUGAUAUUUAUCUGCUCGAGUGUUACUUAUUAUAAUGAAUCCUGAUUUUCUCCAGAAUGACUCAGUAUUUAUUUCUGUGUGGCAUGUUCACUCUUUUCUUUUAUUAACUGAAAAGACGAGUCAGUACCAGCUUUCUGUCUGUCAAUACAUCAAGUGAAGCAGUGCAAUAAACCAAAAAUUAUAUAUUCACCUCC